AAAGAGGGUCGCUGUCAUCGCCAUAGCUGCUCCUUUGCCCAUGGAAAUGCAGAACUUCGUUCAUUUUUCCCUUCUUCCAACGAUGCAACUAAAGUAUCUUCUACAGAUGUAUGGUACGGGUUGUAUGAUAUCAGCAGCAUGACUUUCAGAUUCAUAGUUGAAGAUAUCAAAUUAUAGGACUAAUACUUUUGAGUUUUGAUGAUCCUGGCUUUGAUAUGUCACCUCGUUUAUCUACUUCGUCUUCCAAACUGCAAUUAUUUUGAUGAAUGCUUUGUAUUAGGUUUCUUGGAGUUCAUGUUCUUCUAUGAUAUUGAGAUCACAGUUUGAUUUGGUGAAAUUCUCAAAAUGUUAUCCUUUAUAUGUUCCACCAUGCAUAUUGGCGGAGUCAUGUGUCUGCAUCAUGUCACAUUAUCAGAGGGAUUAUGCUGUUCGUGUGGAAGUUAUUUUCUGAAGAAACCAAUUCUUUUUCCAUAUAAUAUAGGAUUUUUAUUAUAUUCCAAUAUGGAACAAGGGAGAUCUCAAUAGUUAUACAAUUAUGUUGCCUGUCAAUGUCAUAUUGCUCAAGAAGAAGAUGGAGUAUAUCAACUAUUCUUGUUUCAUUCUACUUUGUUGUUUGAAUGGUUCUUCCUGUUUUGCACACGGUGAAGUAUGUUUCUAUUCAUUACAUGAGAGAAUAUUUUCAUGGCCCUUUUGGAAUUGGCAAGCAAGGCACUAUCACCGUUCAUUCUUAUUUUAGUCUUUUUGAUCCAUGUGAUGGUAAGCAGGACCAUCGAGUUGGUGACUUGAGGGAUAAGCUUGACAAGAGGUUUUCUCCAAGGCAUAGAUAUUCUCCAGCUAGAGAUGCAGGAGUCGAGAACAAUGAUGGAAAACGUCGGAGAAACAUGCAUUUUGACGGCCAAAGUGACUUUUCCGGAAGUUUGAAAAGCUCAGAUGGAACAGGAGAUCAAGUUAAAAGAAGAAAAAACCCAUCAACUGAUUCUAGAGUGCCUCAUAAGGAGCAGCUAAAAGAAGUGCGCUCAGAUAUUAACAUGCUUGAUCAGCAAAAAACUCAAUUAAGGACCUUAGUGCAAGAGAAAGUUGAAGAAGCAGAAGUUCUUACUUCCAGAAUUAGGGAAGUUGAUGCUCAGUUGUCAAAAGAGAAAGAGGCAUGUAAAAGGACCAUUUCGAAAAUGAAGAAGUUUGUCAAAGCACAUAAGCAUUAUGUGAGGAUUCAAGAUGAAUUAAAAAGGUCUCAAAGCCGACUUCAGAAGUUGGGAGAUCAGCUCGACUCUGACAUCACUACAACUGAUUGCAAUGAAGAGGAUUUAAGCAUCAAUUUUGUCAGUGAUGAAGAGUCUCCUGUUUACCAUACUAUCAGUCCUAGGAAUGAGGUGCAAAAAAAUUCUUAUCUUUGUGAGGAAGGGUUGCAUGCUAAACUUGAUAUUGGAGGAGAACUUAAAAAAGCAAAGUUGACCACAGGUGGAGGAGAUCAUGCAGAAACUAUGACAACGGCAAAGCCCUUUCAAUUGAAUGCAUAUUCUGCACAGUUGGAUGUUAACAAGGAAGUAAUGAUGGUGGACGAUGGGAAUGAUAGUGAUCAGCCUAGAAGAAAUAAAGGCAAACAAAAGAGAAAAAAGAGUGUUUCUAUAUCCUCAGUAGAUAAGAUUAAGGGCCCAGGGGUCGGACCUAUGGCACCAUCAACCAGCAUGGCUGCUCAUGCAAUUGACGAACUAGUUGAGGUUGAAUUGGAGGAGAGUAUUGAUGUGGCUGAAACUACUACAUUGGAAAUCGACAAAGGUGCUGCUAAAUAUGGGGUCACAACAAGGUUGCCAUUUCCACUUCCUCCACCUCCACCACUCCCUCAGACUACUUAUUCAGAGUACAAGGAAAAAGCUGCGAACGUGGACGCGGAAGGGCUUGACGAGGACGAAAUGGUUGACGUCGACAUUGUUUGAUAUGACAAUGGCAGCUGUGUAGCAUUGUUACACUUUGCAAGAGAUGGAAUUACAGAUUGAUGAGCUUCAUGUACAUAUUCUGCGUUAGAAAACUUUGAUUUUUGAAAAUCUAGGUCUGCUAAAUUAGAGAAUCAAAUUUGGCAACUCCUGGUUAAUGUAUUUUGAAAUGAUAUUAUCAAAUUAUAAAAUUGCAGUAUAUCUGAUGAUUUUAUUUUGUA